ACUAUUCAAUCCUUUUGGCACAGAGUACUUCGGAUAACCGCAAUUGUGGACUAUCCAAAUAUAGCUCUGAAUGGGAAGUUUAUCAUUUGUCUUUUUCGGUUGAACGUGGAUGGAAAAUUAUGCCGAUGUGAUUGAGACAAUAAAGAAAAGUGUGCGUCAAGAUAAUUUGUGCCCUUAUUUUGCUAUUAAAAAUUGGAUUCACACAUAUAUUCCCAACAAAGGCCAUAAAGUAGCGAAGAGUCAAGAAAGAUACAGAUAAACCUAAUUACUAGCAGUAGAGAUUUCAGUAGCCGCACGUUUUCGCGUCUUUCUUGCCAAGCUAUCUUCAAAUAUCAAACCGGAAGUUGUAAAGUAAACGUUGGUCUCACAACUUUAGAUCGGCAAUCUAGAUUAAAGAUAAAAAACUAACAGCAAGAACAAUGGAAUAAAUUUUUCGUGACUAAUGGUGGGUUGUUCACGUCAAGGAUCAGUCAAAUUUAAUAAUUGCUUCCAAAUGAAUACAAAUGUGGUGAGAUGAAAGUAUGGUCACUCGUUGACGUUUAAUUAAAGAGUCAUAGGAGAACAAGAAAAUUGCUAAUGCUAACUUUGACAAGGAAAAAGUAUAUCACAAAUAGGAAGUUGCUACGAUUGAUUAACAUCUACGAUGACAUUGUUGUUUGCACAUAAAUAACCGUGGGUUUCGGAGCUCGUUAGCAAAACCAGUUGAACUGGCGUACAGUUUUCAUUCUUUUCAUCUUCGAUCAACAGACGUUUUUGCCCCGCAGGGUAGAUCACGAUUCAGCGCGACCAAAGUGAAAUUGUUGGAAUCUCUACAUGGCACUGAAAUGGCCUCUGAGCUAUUGUACAAAGCGAGUGUUUUGAAAUUGGUCUUUCCGCUGCUUCUCAGUGAUUUUUUUCCUCAUUGUGGAGCGAGCUCCUUACCAGAUUUUGAAGCUAUAGAAAGCGAAGUAGCAUGUGACGGAGAACACUUCGUGGUCCACUGCGCCAACGCAAGCUUGGGGCUGAAUAUUUAUUCUGCAUACUAUGGACGAGCACAGCCUGGUCGCGUGCUGUGCCCCUACGACGGACACGAUAAUGACACGAAUUACAAGUGGGGCGACGAUGACGUCACAGGCCAGUUUAAAGCCCUAUGUGAAAGGAGAAACAAGUGCAGGGUGAAAAUUAAUGCUGGACUCUUCGGAGAUCGUUUCCCGCAGAAGAAGCAUUUGUAUUUGACUUUGUUUUAUACAUGCGAGCUACCAACAGGAACGGAAACCACAACAACAAGCAUUGUAUCAGUCCCUACCUCUUCAUUGGUCAGUUCCUCAUCGGUAUUGGUAGCAAUAUCUCCAACAGCAACCUCUCUCUCUCCCUCCAGUUCCAUUCCACUGACCCUGCUUUCAAAGACAGUUGGGAAUGUCACGACAACCGUCAGCGCCAACACUAGGGAAGAUACAAUUGUCAUCGACACUCCUUAUGUGGAGCAGGCUGGCUCCUCUUCUGAUUCUAACGUCAGAUCACUUGGGAUCGCAGGUGCACUGUUUGUGUGGCUUUUGUUCGUGCAAGAUCACGGGUCUGACUAUAUAACAGUGUUUUUCGCCAGCGCUGCUAGUGCACUUGUUCUUGCAAUUAUCGUUGGUAUUUUCGUAUACUAUCGCCACAAUGAAAACAAGCAACAUUUACACGUCAAAGAGUUGCCAAAAUUAAACGCAUAUGGUACGGUUGAAAGGAAAAUACUGCCGGAAGUUGAUCCAUUCAUACACGGCCCCGUCAAGACCCCGCCUCCUGAUUACAUGAUAGAAGGACACAACUACAACUGGCAGCGUGGUAGAACCUUACCGCAAAAGAAGUCUGAAAAUGGUUCAGUGGUAGGGACAUUCGGCACAAAAGAUGUUCACACAAGAGAUAUGAACGGCGAGAGACAGAAUGAAACUCUCAGAUACCAACGAAGCCCAUACUCACCUGCCACACCCACGAGAUACGGCAGCUCAAAAAGGUUUAUGGGCCCAGAGUACCCAAGUAACAGAUCACUAGGGAUUGAACGGGAGAAGCCUUCAAACUUCGAUGCCCGCAGAUCGAGGACUGGAGACAGCAGACCUUCCUCAGAGGCUCUUUAUUACUAGCCUCCCUGUAUACUCUUUUACUGAUUAUGAAAAAUGAUGCGUCAGGAAUUCUGUUGAUAACUCAAAAUUAAAUGAUAUCUGAGAAAGCUCAAUCUCUUAAAUUCAAAGCUAGGCUUUAGAAAUUUUCCGAAAACAACCGAGAGCCAGUCAAAUUCUCGAUUUUUGUCUAAUAUAAUCAAUCAAAAUAAACUAUUUAUUUUCAUCGCGCUUCAAACAAGCAAUUUAAAAUUCUCACUGAUUAUUAAUUUCCUCUAAACGUGAUACAAGGUUGCAACGGCAAAGGAUGGAAAUGUUGAAUGUCCAUGUUUAUGCCUUUCAUUUCACUACACACCUGGCGGGAAGAUUUAUUCGUUUACAAAAAGUCGGCUUAGGGUUAUGUUCUCAUGCUUCCUACGGCCAUAUUUAAACAUUAAAUCAAUAGCAUAUGGCGUCGUGCGUGAAAGGCGGAAACAACACAAAAGAGUUCAUUUCAGUGUUCCUGAUGACCAACCCAAAAAGAAACCGACGCACUUCAAAGUUUGUUGCUUAAAAAGUCAAGCCUAAAAAGCGGAAAAAAGGCAUGUUUUGAUCGUUCAUUGUGGCCAUUUUGUUCCUCCGCUUUCCGUCCGUAUUUUUGCCCCGUACUAUAAUGUAAUAUCGUCGUGUAUUUUGCGGGUUUGAUUUCCCUAAUGUGGUAAAAAGGCGUAAUGGUGAAAUAAUAAAUAAGUACAUGAGAAAGUGAGACAGAAUAUUCAUUUCCUAAUUCAUCAAGGUAACUACUGAAGCAAGUCAUGUCUACAAAAUGUAUGGCUGAUGAUUUUAUGAAAGAUUGAACUAGCUGGAAAUCAGUAAUGCUCCUAACUCUAAAAUGCAAUUUUUAUAUGAUAAAGUUGAGGUGAACAAAUGUUUACUGAUAUAUUUUU